AGCUAAACUCAUUAAGAUAGUAUGAGUGACAUUCAAGACACAGGCCAACAGAAGGAUGGGGACAGAGACACAGAAGAGUCCGACUUUGACCCAGACUUUCAGUUAGAGCCACUCCCCCGGGCAGCAGAUAUCCUGGCAGAGUUACCUGACUAUCCUGACUCAGAGGAGGAGGAAGAGGUCCGGAACAUCAUGCAGAUGAUAUCUGUCAAGGGGGAUUCCAACGACACGGACACUGUGGUUAUGGAAAAGAAGAAGAAAAGAAAAAAGAAAGGCAUUCAACUAGAUGAGAGCGAGCUUGAAGAAAAUGUUGUGGCUGUAGAAAAUGUGGCGAAAAAGAGAGCGUUGUCACCAAUUCAAAGCCCUGUUAAACCAAUGGAUCCAGUCGAGGCUUUUUCAGUUGAAACAGAUUCGACAAGCCCCACCAGAAAAUCAAAGAGACAGCGGAUUGAGGCCCCUAAAAUUGUUGAAGCGAAAUUGGAACCGAAAGUUUACCUCAACAAAGCAGGCGAGUUCGUGACCGGUUUUGACCCUACUUCAAAAGAAGCAAAAUACCGCAGACAAAUGAGAAUGCAGCGUUUUGGAAAACAUGAGCGGGUCGAGAAAAGCAGAUUAGAUGACUCCAAAGUAUCUAUAGAAGACGAAAAUGAGGAGGAGAACCAAGGUACAAUGUUUGAGAGGAGACCUGACGCAAUUCAUCUGUACGGAACAGACGACCUCAGUACAGAUGAUAUCCUACACUACUUUGCUGACUAUUCUCCCCAUCACAUAGAAUGGAUAGACGAUACUCAUUGUAACGUGGUUUGGUCAGAUGUGCACAGUGUAAAACGAGCACUAAUGAGUCUCAGCAAGAAGUUCACUACGGAGGAGUUAGAGGAGACUAAAGCUGAACUCAGACGGAAAGAAAAGGAAGAGGACGAGUUUUACCUGAUUCCAGGAACUUUAGACAGACCUCCAGAUGAUGAGUACAAGGGAAUCUGGAGACUCGCUUUGAAAGACAAUCCUAAAGCUCACCUCCUCUUCAUGAGAUUUGCAAAUACUGGGGAUGUGAAAAGGAAGGGAGCAUAUAAGAACAGUAGAUACUACAGUAUCUACGGCAACCCCAACGCGCCAUUCAUUACUCAAACUAAUAAAUACCGGAAGUCGAAGCAGAACCAGCCAGAAGAGCCAGAAGAAAAGAAAACGAACCUGGAAGUGAAGAGAAAGAGCAACGAGAGGAAGCCUCCGGAUCUACGGAGACACCUGAACAAAGGAAAGAUAGACGUAGAUCAGAUUAAAGAAGAGUAUAAGCUGGGUAAACCUCUGAUAGAGACACUGACAAUAGAAGUAGAUCGCAGUGAGAAGAAUGCUGAUUUUGAGGUGUUGAAAGAUAACGACUCAUCAGAAAACAGCUCGGAAUCAGAAGCCUCAUCUAGUGACGUAGAGGAAGAACAAGAGAGAACAGUCGAGAAGAGACCGGUUACAAUGGAGAGAAGACCAGUAGAAAGGAGGCCAGUGGAUAAGAAAUCUCCAAAGAAAGCUGUGAUAGUCCACAGUUCGUCAUCGGAGGCGUCCUCGGAUAGCAGUUCAGGCAGUGACUCAGAUUCCAGCAGCAGUGGAAGUUCAAGCAGUUCCAAUAGUAGUAGUAGUGGUAGUGAUAGCAGUGACUCAUCCAGUUCAGAUUCGAGUGAAGAGAAAACUGAGGUAGUAAAGAAAAGUAAGAAGAAACACUCUAAGAAAAACUCCAUCAGUGUCAAACGUCCCCCAGUCAACGUUGAAAGGAGAAAACCCAAGAGUAAAUCCGUAGCUGUAGUGCGCCCAAUUCGCUCAGCUGGCCCUAAAAUCAGUAGUCAGAUACAAACUGUAAGCAACAGCUUACAACCAUUGAGCAACAGUAACGGUGCCGGAAUAAACAGGAAGAAACGGAGAGGAAGGAGCUCACUUUCACCAAAUCAAGUCAAGAGACCUAGGGUGCUACCUUCAAAUGAUCUGAGAUCCAAACUAGCUUCAAGAAAUAGAUAAAUUGUGCAGAUACAACCGUAUUACUGUAACACUCUAACAGCAGACGUUAUGAUGAAGCAAGCUGACGUUUGAGAUUUGUUAAGAAACUUUAAUUAUUGGUUGGGGGAGGGAUGGGGGGCUGGGGAGGGAGGGAUGAGGUUCAGUUUACUCAUCAUGUUAUGUCCCUGGCAGUUGGUUUAAUCCUUCUGACUUAACUUUCGUACUGUCUUCCCGAAAUUCUGUACUUCCCGAAUUUUAAUACAUUUAUCAUUAUUUUCCAUGGCUUUAUCGAACUAAGUCUGACCAUUAUAGUUUUCUUUAGUACAUUUCGUGUUGAUAAAGUUAUAUGCCCAGAAAUGUUACAGAUUUGGUCUAGAAACUUUCAUUCAUAAUAUCAUAUUUAUAUUUAUAUAUUAUUCAAUAAGUAUACACUCAUUUUUCUCCUCGUUCUAUAACAUAACAUCUAAAUUCUAAAGGCAAUAAAAACAGCGGACCUUCGGAUAAAUAUGUACGAAUUGUUACUAUUAUAUUUCUUGCAAACUGCACCUGAUAGGGUUAUUGUAGUUAUACUAUUUGUUAUUUUGCGGUAUUAGAUUUAGUACAAGAAUUUUGAGAAUGUUAAUGGUUAUUAGCUCUCUUUUGUUCGUGACGACUUGUUAAUUCAUAAAUUCUGGAAAAUAUUUUUAGAGCGAAGGAUUUAAUUUUAACAGUUUGAUAUGGCAACUGGAAAAGUGUUAAUAUUUCUCUUUUUAUUGAAGCAGACAAUAAUUUUUGGCUAGUUUUCCCGGAUUAUGUAGACAUUACACACAUCUUCACAAUGAUGAUACCAGGAUAAAAUUGCUAUACUUAUAGAGUUAUAGUAGAGUUUGUAAUUUAUUUAAUGCGAAUGUUAGCUUUCAAUAUCACUACCAAAGUACCAAUCGGUAAAUUUAAGGUUCAUGCCAGCUUUAAUAUGUACUAUACCUUUUAUCCACGGCCACAAUGUUCUUGUCACAAAUUAGUUAUUAUAUGCGUUCACAACAACUUAUUCAGAUUUUUCAGAAAAUUUAAGAUAGUUUAAGUUAAAAGUUGAUCAUCAAUAAUAAUACAAUUAAUUAUAAUUUAUAACUUACAGUGCUCUGUUUUGAGAUCUUAAGUUCUUUUUAC